AAUUUGUCUUCGCAGUGCCGAAAAUUGGGUUGAAUUAUUAAAUCAUAAAUGGAGAAACACGUCCACCUGAUUUUAGAUGACGGUGGAGAAGGGUGACCCAGAAGUCGACGUCAAGCCGAAACCAGGUGAUAGGCAAAGUCAUAACAGCUAUCAGAAAAAUAUUUAAAAAAAUUUUAUGUAUGUGUUUUGAAAAUUAUAGGUC